AAUAUAUUACAGCACACAAGGGUGUGGCGCGAGUGAGGAAAAUAUCAUACCUCCUUACUGCCCCAAGCAUAUCGCCUCACACGCGGCAAUUUGAGUAGCUGUAAUUAACUACGGGGCACAAACUGCAACUAGGCUGAGCUUUGAGCCCCUCGAAGGAAGGGCCAACUGCCCAAUGUCGCUGAGAACUCCCUGACGCCUGCUAGAUAGCAGGAGUUUAGUGCCAUGGCGGAUUUCAGCAGGUCUGGCAUUUCUAUCGCCGGCCUGCGUGAGCUCGUCGCACGAUGUGGAAGCGAAGGCGCAGCCUGGCGGUCGGAGGAGGUAGUGAACCGCGUCAUUCGACCAGCAACCCUGUCAGAUGGGUGUGCUUGGAUCGACCUCCUGCCAAAUGAGCAGCGAGGAACGCCAAACGUUGUGGCCGUGCACGCAUGGAGUGGCUCGUUUCGGCAACUGGUUGAGGCGCUCGCGCAAACACGGCCAGGGGAGGAUGAGUCAAAGCUGUUCGUCUGGCUGGACAUGGUGGCGUGCGUGUUGAACGAGACUGGUGAAGAGGAUCGGCUGGACACGGUGUCGCACGCUGCCACGGCCACCGGCGCCGCCUCCAUCGCGGCCUCCUCUCGGGGCGGGGCUGCUCCCUCGGAGGCCCUUGGGCCGCCCAUCUCGGGUCCGCCGGCUAGCGCCCUACAGGCCUAUCGCGAAGCCGUUAAGGCUGUGGCAGAGGCGGGCCUGACACAGCCGCCCACCGCCGCCGCAGCGUCUGACAUAGCGGGCGCAAACAGCAGUGGGGCCGAGGGCGGCGCAGCGGAGGGCGGGGAGGCGGCGGGGCCGAAGGAGGGAGAGGCGAAGCAGAAGGAGCCAAAGGCGGCGGGCGGAGACGGCGCGGCGGGAUGGGGCUGUCUGGCCGUGGUCCUGGAUCCCAGUGCAGCCGUGCUGACGUCACCCUGGUGCCUGUACGGCAUAUGGCUGUACCUCAAGCAGCGCACGGCCACGAGGCUGGCGGCAGCGGCGGCGCAGCCGCCGCCCGCCGGCGGUGCCGAAGGCACGCCCGGGCCUUCGGCCGCGGUGGCUGCCAUGGCUGCGGCUGGGGACGUGGUGCCGGUGUGUGCUGCUGGUCUGGAUGCGCUGCUGGUGCAGCUGGUGUGGGAGAACCUCAGCCUGCUGCAGGGCUCGCCGCACACCGGCGAUGCGCUGCACGCCACGCUGCUCGAGGACGUGGCCAUGCAGGAGCCGGUGCCGGCGCUGCCGCAGGCGCCGCCGCCGGCGGCGGCCACCGGGCAGGGCGGGCAGGGCGGCCAGCGGCCGAGCACCUCCUCUGGCGGCGGUCCGAGCGCCAGCGGCGGCGUGACGCCCGCGCGCAGCGCCAACAAGGACGCCAGCUUUGCCGGCGGCGCCGGCAACCCUCCCAGCGGCGAGCCAGAUAUUGAGGAGCGCAUGGCCGACGCUGAUGCCGCUGUCAAGGCAGCGGUGCUCGUCAGUCUGGAGAAGCGGGUGCGGGACCUGGAGGCGGCGGCGGAACCCAGCGGCGGCUCCGCCGCCGCGCCGCCGGUGGUGCACGCCCUGGCGGCGGCGAAUGACGCCUCCGGCUGCCUGGCCUGGGCGGCGGGGCGGCCCGCUGACGGCGAGCCGUUGCUGCGGCGCGCGCGCGAGCUGCGCAUGCACGCCCUGGGCCCAACGGGCGCGGCGCCGCUGCUGGCGGCACACAGCACCAUGCACCUGGGCGCGCUGCUGCACAUCCUGCACUUCCGCAGCGCCGACGAGGCCGAGCUGCUGCUGCGCUCCGCCGUGGAGCUGCUGGACGCAGUGGACGGCGACGGCGAGACGGCGGCGGCGGCGGCGGGCGGCUACACCGCCGCCGUGGCGCCGCCGCUGCUGGCGGCGCAGGCGCGGCACUUCCUGGCACAGCUGCUGUCGCUGCGCGCCGCCGCGCACGCCUACGCUGCGCCCAGCCUGCGCAACGCCACAGGGCUGCACCACCUGCCCUCCCGCAACGCGCGCACCGUCGCCGCCGGCGUCGCCGCGUCCGCGUUUGCGGCACCCGCCCCUGGCGGGGCCAGCGGCGCCGCCCCCGCCCCCACCGCUCCCGGCGCACCGCUUGCAGUCACCUCCUCGCUCCCCGCGGACACGGCGCCGCCGCUGGAGGCGGACACGCGCGCCGCCGCCACGGCGCACGCCUACACCACGGCCUCCUCCGGCGGCGCCGCCCCCGCCGCCGCCUCCUACCCCAUCCUGUCCGGCGGCGCCAGCAUGCAGCUGCCGCCUGGCAACGCGCCUGCAGAGGUGGCUCCCCUCCUCCGUGCCGCCCUCCCGGUGUUCGAAUCCCACUACGGCGCAGAGCACCCGCUGACCGCCACGCUGCACAGCAACCUGGCUCUGGCUCUGAAGGACCACGGGCGGCUGGAGGAGGCGGAGCCGCUGCUGCGGCGCGCGCUGGCGGUGCGGGAGGCGGUGCACGGGCCCACGCACCUGGACACCAUGCGCACCAUGAACAACCUGGCAGGGCUGGUGGAGGCAAAGGGUGACCUGGAGGAGGCUGAGGCGCUGCUGCGGCGCGCGGCGGAGAUGGCGGCCAGCAGCCUGGGCCCCAUGCACGCGGCCACUGCCAACGCCCUGUCCAACCUUGGCGUGGCGCUGAGGAAGGCCGGCAAGCUGGAGGAGGCUGAGGAGCUGUUCAAGACGGCGCUGGAGAUCCGCGAGCGGCUGCUGGGCGGUCUGCACCUGGACACGGCCGCCUCGCUCAGCGAUAUGACGCUGCUGCUGCUGGAGCAGGGCAGGGCGGCGGAGGCGGAGCCGCUGUUCAGGAGGAUCCUGGACAUCCGCGAGCUGGUGCUGGGCCCGGCCCACCGCGACACCGCCGCCAGCCUGUGCGACCUGGCGGGGCUGCUGGCCUCGCUGGACAGGGCCAUGGACGCGGAGCCGCUGCUCAGGAGGGCUGUGUCCAUCCACGUCCGCGCCCUGGGCCCCGGGCACGAGGACACGGCCGCCUCCACGCGCGAGCUGGCCCGGGUGCUGGCGCAGCAGGGGCACGCCGCCGAGGCGGAGAAGCACUACCGCCGAGCCCUGGGCGUGCUGGACACGGUGCUGGGCCCCGUGCACGCCGAGUCGCUGCUGACCGCCAACCAGCUGGCGCUGCUGGUCAAGGACAACGGCGGCGACCCCGAGGAGGCGGAGGCGCUGUUCAAGAGGGUGGUUGCGGCCACUGAGGUGCUUGACAAGGCCGACAAGGAGAAGGAGGUCGCCGCCGCCGGGGCCGAGGCCGCCGGGGCGCCGCCGGCUCCGCCUGCUGCCGGCGCCGUGGAGCCGCGGCUGCGCGCUGCGGCCAUGGUGGCGCACCGGGGCCUGGCGGAGAUUGCGGCGGCGGCGGGGCGGCUGGAGGAUGCCGAGGUGCUGUCGUGCAAGGCUCUGGUGAUGAGCGAGAAGGCUCUGGGCCCCACCCACCCCGUGACGCUCACGUGCGCGGAGGGGCUGGCGGAGGUGCUGCUGCAGCAGGGCAUGCUGGAGGACGCGGCCGAGUUGUACCUGCGCCUGAUCGAAAGCCUGGCGGAGACCGUGGGGCCAGACGACGAGAACGUGCAAAAGUACCUGUCUCAGUACGAGGAGCUGUAUGAGCUGUUGGCGCUGCAGGAGGAGGCGCGGCUAACGCAGGAGGCGGAGCAGCGCGAGCGCGCCGAGGGCGGCGGCGGCGACACAGAGGACGACGCCAGCAGCGCCGUGGGCCCCGCCGAGGCCGCCGUGCCGGUGCCCGUCCCCUCCGCCGCCGCCCUUUCCAAGUCAGCCUCCGCCCGCCUCAAGAGCAACCUCAAGCAGUCCACGCUCCUGGUCGGGCGCAGCGGCGGCAGCACCACCAGCGCCAUCAGUGCCAUGCUGGUGCCGUACAAAAACGCCAACGUUGGAGGCGGGGACAACAAGAAACGGCAGGUGCGGCUUGCGCCGGGCGUGCAUGAAGAGGACGAGAAUGCCGGUGGCGGAGGCAGCGGCGGCGGCGCGCAGCGGCGGAUCAGCGUGGUGGUGGCCGCGGGCGACGACGACGACGACAGCCGCAGCGUGCACCACUCCUUCGCGUCGUUCGUGAGUCGGCGCAGCAUGGCCGGUAAGUCGGACUUCGCUGGGCCCAGCGGCGGCGCCUCGCUCGUGGGCGAGCUGGCCAGCCGCGCGCACUCGGUGGUGGACCGCAUCCACUCCAGUCUGGUGGCGGCGGGCCGCCUGCCCAGCAUCACCGCGCAGUUCGGGCCGGGGCACCGCCUCAGCCGCUUCCACGGCCCGGGCGCGCCGGGCGCCGCCGCCGGCGCAGCGGGCAGCGGCGGCGGCGCGGGGGCCGCAGGCCCCGGCAGCCCCACGCGCAACCUGUACAACGCGACGGGCAGCAACAGCCGCAAGAACCGCGCGGGCGAGGCCACGGGCGCGCGCAUCACCUCCGCCGGCCCCACCAUGCGCACCGGCGCCGCCGUCACCUCCAGUGCCGGUCGGCACGGCUCCACAGACGCGGCGUUGGCCGUCGGCGCCGGCGAGGCCGAGGUGGUUGUGUCGCCGGGGCUCCCGGUCAUGAGUGCCGAGGAGACAGCGGCGGCGGGCGCCGCCAGCGCGCACCUGGGUGACGGCCCCCGCGCCAUUUCCGCCGACGGCGGCCCGCUCUCGGCCGGCACCACCGGCAAGGGACACAGCGCCAGUGGCGGCGCCGCUGCCGACGGCGACGGCGACGGUGACGAUGACGCCAGCAUUAUCACCGGGGCACCGGUGGUGUCGGCGUCACUUCGCGCUUCGCCCGCGCCGGCGCCCAAGCCCGGCAGCAUCAGCGGCGCCGCGCGCUCAGCCGCCCCUUCCGGCGCGCACCCGCCCGACGCGUUCGGCGACAUCACAGCCGUCACCUCGCCUGGCGGCGCCGCCACCGAAGGCGGUGCCGAGCCGCUGUCCGCCGAGCCCACAGACACCAACACCAACACGCUGCUUCGGCCCAGCCACUCCAAGGGGCAGCACGCGGGCCUGGACCACCUGCCGGGACUGGGCGCGACCGCGUUCGGCAGCGUCAGCGGCCGCAUCAUGUCCGGCAAGGCGCCGGGUGGUGGUGGCGGCGGGCAGGGCGGCGGGCGGCGCAGCAUGACGGAGACGGGCGGCGAGGAUGGCGGCGUGCCGUCCAUUGCCGGGGGCCGCAGCCACCGGGCCAUGACGGCCUCGCAGCUCAUGAUGCGCGGCAGCCUGUCCAAAAAGGCGCUGUUGGCACAGGCGGACUUGGACCUUGACGACGAGGAGGACGACCGCUACGGCCGGCCGCCGCCGCCCGCCGCCACUAGCGCCGGCGGCACCUCGCAGCGUCGCUCGCUCGAGGGCUUUGCCGGCAACGGCAACGAGAGCCACCAGAACGGCAAUGGCGGCGGGGCCGGUGCGGGCGCGGGCGCAGGCGGCUAUGUGAGCGAUGAGGACACGGGGUCGGUGGGCUGCUGCGGCAUAAGCGCCGGCGGCAACAAGCGCCGGCAGGGGCGCAUUACGCCCGCGAGGUGAUCUGUUGCUAAUGAUUGAUGCGAGGUAGUAUAAAUGCUUGCUCAAGAUGUGUGCGCUAUGACAGCUGUGGCAUGAAAGGAAGAACGGCGGGGUGUACAAAUGGCGAGUGGAUAGGCUGGCGGAAACGGGGAUAAGGUAUAUGAGUACGGUAGAAUUUCUGCGGGCCCGGGUUCGGAAUGCGUGUUGCGCGGGAAACACAUGGCACUCGGGUUAUGUGCAAGCUGAAUAAGUUUGCACACGCUUCAAAGCGUGCUGACGGCAUGGAAAAUACAGUCUUGCGUUUGGAUCACGCUAACGUCGUGCAGUAUAAGGCCAUACAGCUUUAGAGUGCACAGCUGCAGGCCGGCGUCUGGGCCCAACCAGACGCCUAUGAGCAACUGAGCAUCAGUGCGUGCGGCGGCGUUUGUGGGCGCGCGCGGCCUUGCAGUUCGCGCGCAUGGCGUGUACGUAAGGCACACGCGCCUGUAGUAGCAGAAGCGAAUGCGGUGGUAAUGGUGAUGUGCCCCAUUGUACAGUGAGCCCAGAUCUGAAGAGAGGUGUGGCUCAGACUUUCCGUCUCGGUUUCUAAUGCGGUAUGCAGCGAGUGCCGUGAGUGGGCGCGCGGGCGGGGUACGCGAUGCGCGUGCAAGUGGUUUCCGCCGGCGCCGCCAGGAUGCCGUCACGGGUUUGAGCCAGAGAAAGAUGUGGUGAGCGGCAGGCGCAGCAGUGGUAUUCAUUGUUCGGGGCCUUCUCGGGGCCGGUCAGGAUGUGCACACGGUUGGCUUAGUCGAUGUGGCGAUUGAUCGCGGGUGCGCCUUGCAGACCGGCGGACACUUGUGGUGCCGGGGUGACACUUGUGUAACCCGCGACAACGGGCGUCUUCCAGGGAUUGUGGCUUUUGUUCACGUCAUGCGUUCCGGUCAAUGCGCUGAAGCGCAGGAGCACGCUCGUGGGUCUGGCCAGGGACCCCUGGAGCAGGCCGAGCCGCUGGCGGGAACCGGGACAUGAUGGGGCGCAUCUCGCCCAACGCCGUACGGUACGCAAUCCACUUCCAAGCCGCUUCUACAUGUAGAGUAUAGCCAUGGUCAACGCAUGUGUGGUACUGCUGAUGGUGGGCGUGGUGUCGGUCUUCUACCUGCCGUACGGCGCGGUGCUGUUUGGGAUCGCCAUCGGCGCAUCAGCAACAUACGGCACGCACACCGUGUAUGUGAGAUGGCUGGAUUCGACGCAAGGGAAUACACAGGUGGCAUGGUCGCCAUGGGCCCAUCCCGUGUAGAGCUCUGGAAGCGCAUACAAGUGAGCCUGUAGCGGCUGCAAGCACCGCAUCUCGUCAGCUGGCAAUCCUGCAGGGCCGUCAGGGGACGCCAAGCACGGGGAUACGAAUCUGGGAUGUUCGCUUA